AAAGGCGCCUCAACCCUCAUCUGAGAAAGCAAACAAAAGAGCCGAGGGGACUGUUGACAAAGCUUUUUUUUCAACGAAGGCCGGUUUGGUUGUGUACAAUAAACAAGGAAACUCAGCAUAGUGAAGAGAGAAAGAUCUUGAUUUUUCUUGUUUUGAAGGAUAAGUCACAUGAAAUUGAAGUAGAGUGUAUUUUUUUCAAUGAUUUUUGUUAACAAAUGAUGGCAGGAAACCCUAGCAUGCAUUUGCCUCCACCACCAUCUAUCUUCCCUCAAUAUGUUGUUGGAUCUCCUUCUUUACCUGACAACCAAGAGCUUCCUCAGUCAUGGAGCCAGCUACUCCUUGGUGGAUUCACCGGUGAAGAAGAAAGGUACGGCGGUCCUAGUCAUUUUCAGCCCGUUGUUGAAGUAAAGCAAGAGGUUAUUACUCAACAUAGCAACUUUUACGGUCAUCAUGCCAAUGAACAAUUCCAACCACCUACGCCGCCGCCGCCGCCGCUUGCAGCAGCCGCUUGGUCUCAAAUCAUGGCAGUUUCUUCUUCCCCAAGCCCCAGGUCUUGUAUAACCAGUUCAAGCAGCAAUAUGCUGGACUUCUCUUAUAACAACACGGCGGCGGCGGCUGAUGGAUCCAAGUCUAAUACUUCUGAGUGUAAUAGCAAAGGCAGCAGCACAGGUGGGGCGUGGAAGAAGGCUAGGGUUCAGUCGUCUUCAAGCCAACCGCCUUUAAAAGUGAGAAAGGAGAAGCUAGGUGAUAGAAUAACAGCCCUCCACCAGUUAAUUUCCCCAUAUGGAAAGACUGACACAGCAUCUGUGUUGUUAGAAGCUAUUGGACAUAUAAGAUUCCUUCAGGGUCAAAUUGAGGCUCUCAGCUCCCCUUACUUGGGUUCUGCAACUCCAAAUAUGAGAAACCAACAAUCUAUUCAUGGAGAAAGUUCCACAUUUGUUGAAGAUGAAGAACAGGAGAAGCAAGGGCAAAAGGCAAAGGACUUGAGGAGUAGAGGGCUGUUCUUAGUUCCUGUAUCUUGCACUCAACAAGUUGGAAUCGACUAUGGUGGCGAUUAAUGGGCGCCGCGGCUUUCGGCGGCGGCUUUUAAGGAGAUGUUAUGUAUUUGCCCAUUUGGUAGCUAAUCAAGAUUAGAGUAUGGUUUGAUGGGCCAUGGAAGGGGAUGGAAUGAUAUAACAUCAUGAGCAGUCACUCUGCUGAAAAUCAUAAGGCUGAUUGCUCAUGAUGCUGUUGCAUUCCAAAGUAGCUAAUAUUAAUUCUUCUUCUA